UCCCACUUCCAAUUCCAGUUUUUCUCCCAAUAAUUUUCCAUUUCCUAUUAAAUUUCCUCCUCAAGAAACCGUCACCACUUCCGACGCUCCACUCCUUUUCCAUCUUCAAUGGCUUCCUCUCUGUGCACAAACCUCCCCUUCCUCUCCCCUCCCUACCCUUCCAGUUCAAAUCCCAAGCCCUCCACCACCACCAGAACCUCCUUCCCCGUCCAGUGCGGCCCCCGGGACAACCGCGGACCACUCGUGAAGGGUCGCGUCCUCAGCACCGAAGCAAUCCUCGCCAUCCAAGCCCUAAAACGCGCCCACAGAUCCAAUCCGGCGAAGGUCCCCGACGUCCUCUCCAAGAGCUUCCCCCGCCUCGUUAAAUCCGACCUCAUCGCCGCCUUCAAGGAGCUCCUCCGGCAGAACCAGUGCGGCCUCGCCGCUGACGUUUUCUCCGUCGUCCGAUCGGAGCCCUGGUACCGCACCGACCUCUCUCUGUACGCCGUUUUGGUGGCGGCAAUGGGAAGGAACCGGAUGCGGGAGGAAAUUGACGGUCUGAUCUGCGAUCUGGAAGCGGAGGGCGAAGGGUCCAUCCCCUGCGACGAUAAGGGCAUCGUUCAGGUGCUCCGGGCGGUGCUCGGCGCGGACAGGGUGGGAUCGGCGGUGAGGAUUUACGGGAUGAUGAAGAGGAGCGGGUGGGGGUCCGACUGGGUGGGGAAUGAGAUUGUGGUUAGGGUUUUGAGUAAGGGUUUAAGGAGACUUGGUGAAGUUGGGGUUGCGGAUGAGGUUGUGAGGGAAUAUGUUAGAUUGUUGAAGGGAAAUUUGGAGAUAUUGGAAGUUUAAUUUUGUAAAUUUGAUAAUUUAAAUGUUGUUAAUUUGUAUUUUAGAAGUUUGUAUUUUGAAAGUUCACAAUGUUAUUUGCAUGUUUUUCGGGGAAACAAAA